AUGGCACGUCCUUCAUCACCCGAUGAACUACACCCAUCAUCCGCCGAAGUGGAGGAUCGCUUACCCCCUCCAUCCCUCAUCCGUGUACUCUCUAACAAGUGGUUCAUCAUUCACUUACAUGGCCAUCAUCAACUCGACAAAGCCUAUAUCCCUCAUGGGAAGGAACGACUAGUGAGGCUUGAAGACAUGUUGGAAGAAUACGGCCCCUUCGGACCGCCGGACAUCUUCUUGUUGAUGUCCGCCAUUAAGAGCAGACUGGAGGACCGCUCGCCUCCAAAUAGGAUACUAGGCUAGGCUAAGAAAUAGUUGUCUAAUAUAAUUUGUACAUAUUAUAA